AUGUUCGACUUUCGCAUUAUACCAUUCCAAUGGCAGCUAUUGGUACCUUUCAUCACUAUCUUCUCUCUUGCUCUACGCACAAAGGCGUUGCGACGCAAAAUUGCAUUAUGUUCAAACGCCUGCAUCUCAUGGAUCUUGAAUUUCUUAUUAACAUUACGAUAUCCUGUUCGUCACGUUUACAACAAAUCUGCGCUGCCAUCGGCCCAAUAUCAAUUCCCAAACGGCCAAGGAGACGCGGCCAAAUUCCUCCACGGAAGUGAAAACAGCCUGUUGUGGCAGAAACAACAUGGACCUAUCUAUCGCAUAUGGUCUGGAACUACGCCAGAAGUUGUCCUGACCAAACCUGAGCAUAUUCAGGACGUCUUCAAAGACUCCGAUCGACAUCUCAAGGCCAAGAACAAUAACUCUGGGUACUUUCUCGGCGAGCUCCUCGGCAAAUGCGUGGGACUCAUGGAGAAACGUACCAAGCGACAUUUUGACCAGCUAUGGAAAACAUCAUCACUCUCGAAGUCUGUGAUCGAUGCAGCUCAAGACCUGAAGAUGCUGCCAUUUUGGAUCGUGGCCGAAAUUCUCUACGGAGGACUUACCGAUGAGGUGGAGCAACAGCUCGGAGAGCUAGCGCCAGUGAGAGAAAAGCUGUUCCAAUACUUCCUGAAGGGCGGGCUCACACGAUUCGCGUGGUCGAAAUACCUCCCUACCACUGCGAACCGCGACCUGGCCGAAUUCAAGUCCCGCUGGACCGCUCUUAACCGACAAGCGAGGCCGCAGGCACCCCCGACUUCACCUAUAGCCUCAUAUUACAACGCAAUUGAAGACGGCUCUCUAGAGGAAGAUGCAAUCCUGCAAACUUUAGAUGAGGCCCUCUUCGCCAACUUGGACGUCACGCUGGGCGGCAUAUCCUGGAACCUCGUCUUUCUCGCCGCAUACCCAGACGUGCAGUCGCGUCUGCGAGCUGAGAUCGCCAACGAGCGCGCAAAAUCUGAGUCUAGCAACCUUGAUGCCUACAUUCUACGCUCCGACACCCUGGUUGCGGCCUGCAUCUCCGAGUCGUCGCGUCUUCGGCCCCUCGCUGCGUUCUCUGUCCCGCAAGCGGCACCCACCGGUCGGGUUGUGGGUGAAUACUACUUCCCUCCAGGGACGAACUUCAUCGUCGAUUCGCAUGCUUUGAACCAGCGAAACGACUACUGGGGCAAGGACGCUGAGAAGUAUCGACCAGAGCGAUUCCUUGAGCGAAGUGCGGUGAAAGACCGGUAUAACUUUUGGCGCUUUGGCUUCGGACCAAGGCAGUGUAUGGGUAAGUUUGUUGCCGACCUGAUGAUCCGAGUGUUGCUCGUUCACUUGGUGGAGAACUACGACCUGGGAAUGCUUAAUGCGGACAAGAAGUGGGAAAGAGAUCCUGAGAAUUGGAUCAAUCAUCCGAUGAUGAAAUUGAAGUGCCACCAGAUCACGACGGCGUUGCGUUAUUGAGAACAUUGAUAGCGAGCAAGCGUUCAUUGCAAUACAUUCUGUUA